UCUUUUUCCGGCCCAUCUCAGUCUGUGCAUGGGCGAAGUGUUUGGACCUUGUCCAUAAUCAGGCUCAAUCGGGGCAUAAACACAUCAGUUAGACGCUAAAAAUGGCUGAAAUGAUGGCAUUACGGGGUACCCUCAUGGGUCAUUCUGGAUGGGUUACCCAAAUCGCCACUACACCACAAUUUCCGAACAUGAUUUUGUCUGCCUCCCGAGACAAGUCUCUAAUCAUGUGGCAGUUAACCAGGGAUGAGACCAACUACGGUAUACCGCAGCGCUCAUUGAAAGGCCACUCACACUUCGUGUCCGACGUGGUGAUGUCCUCAGAUGGGCAGUUUGCUCUGUCUGGAUCCUGGGACGGUACACUCAGACUCUGGGAUCUCACAGGUGGCAUGAGCACAAAGCGAUUUGUUGGACACACUAAGGAUGUUCUGAGUGUAGCUUUCUCAGCAGACAACCGACAGAUUGUGUCAGGCUCCAGAGACAAGACGAUCAAGUUGUGGAACACGCUGGGUGUCUGUAAAUAUACCAUACAGGAGGAUGGUCACUCCGAGUGGGUCUCUUGUGUACGUUUCUCCCCAAACACCAGUAACCCCAUCAUUGUGUCUUGUGGCUGGGACAAACUUGUCAAGGUUUGGAAUUUGACCAACUGUAAGCUGAAGACGAACCAUUUUGGGCAUGCUGGCUUCUUGAACUGUGUAACGGUCUCUCCUGAUGGUUCCCUGUGUGCAUCUGGAGGAAAGGAUGGUCGUGCCAUGUUGUGGGACCUGAAUGAAGGCAAGCACCUGUACACACUGGAGGGAGGAGAGAUCAUAAACUCCCUGUGCUUCAGCCCCAACAGGUACUGGCUGUGUGCUGCUACUGGACCAACAAUCAAGAUUUGGGAUCUGGAGGCAAAGCUGGUGGUGGACGAGCUGAGACUGGACGUGUUGACCACUGGUACAAAGCCCCCACAGUGCACUUGCCUGGCCUGGUCAUCUGAUGGUCAGACACUGUUUGCUGGCUACACUGACAAUUUGAUACGAGUGUGGCAGGUGUCCAUGUCCACACAGAGAUAAACACACCCUAUAAGCCUGGCCCUGCCAGAGGUAUCACUCCAGUGAUACGACCAUGUGAUGAUGAAUAGUGGUGAAACAUUAAAUAAAGUGGAAAAAAAUACAAACUGAAA